AUGCAAUACCUCCAACCUUCCCAUCUAUACACUCAACUAAUAGAUACAUUACCGACAUCUUUAUCUUGGUCCUCCCAAAGCACAGUGAAAGGAGAUCCCAAAAAGAGUGUCAAAUGGAUUGAUGGCCUCCGAGGAAUCGCUUCAUUCCUAGUAGUGCUAACCCAUCUCUCUCGCGGCUGGGACUAUGAACUAUUCUCACCACGCGACAGCGAAGAUGUCAGCGCACGACUCCUUCAAUGGCCUAUCCUUCGCAUACCCUGGCAAGGCCGCCUGGGUGUGACCAUCUUUGCCUUCUUAACCGGCUACGUCUGUGCACUAAAGCCGCUCAAGCUAUCGCGGGCAGGUGAUACAGGAGCAGCAUUCGAAACAAUAGCAAAGAGUGCCUUUCGUCGACCGCCACGACUGAUCUUCCCCGCGACUAUUGCUCUACUUAUUUCGUGGAUUGUCGCCCAAUUCGGCGGGUUCAUUGUUGCCAAUAGAUCCGAUUGUCAAUGGUGUAGAUAUGCCGCACCGGAUCUGGAGGAUUCCUUUUGGAAGGAACUUAUUCGUCUGCCGAUGAAUUUCUUGUCCACUUGGACGACGGGGUAUAUGGCAUACGAUGAUCAUCAGUGGGCGCUUCUACCGCUGCUUUUGUCCUCUAUGUUGGUUUAUCUUGUGCUCUCUGCGACUAUGUUCGUGAAAUUUAAGUAUAGGGUUGUGAUAUAUAUUGGCAUGUUGUUAUAUUUUCAUCAGGAUGCGAGCAAAGAUGCAGGUGAGUGUUUCUGGUGGAAGAAAACAUAUGACCUUUCAUCUACUAGGGACAAAAAUGCUAAUGCCGACUCUAUAGAAACAUUCCAAAUGCAAGCCAUCUUCGGCAUGCUCCUCAGUGACUUCUCCUACCACAAACCUCUCAAAGACUGGAUUGAAAACAACCCGCAGAGCCGGAAGAUGCUCACCAUCCCACUGACUGUUGUUGCAUUGUUCCUCGCUUCAUACCCAGGUGAACAUCCCGAAUGGGCCGGUUGGUCUAACGUGAUGCUCAAUGCAAGCCAUUACAUAUUCCCGCCAGGCGUCAAUGUCGGGAAACGUUACACCGCACUCGCAGUUGACAUGAUCAUCCUUGCGAUCUAUUUCUCCCCUUCGGCCAAAGACUUCCUCUCCAGCAGACUCCUCCUCUGGCUCGGAAAGCAGAGUUUUGCCGUCUAUCUCAUCCACGGCACCAUGCUGCGCGUUGUGCUCUGCUGGAUGCUAUAUGGUAUUAGUGGUCAGCCGUGGGUAGGUCCUGAGGCAGCGACUGACGACCAGCGCGACUGGCUGCCUAUCCGGCCGCCGUGGGUCGUUGCUAUUAGCAUCCCGGUCUGGAUUGGACUUGUGUAUCUUGUUGCUGCGCUGUGGACAGCGUACGUGGAUACAUUCUGUGCUUCUAUGACCCAGAAGCUGGAGAAGGCUGUUUUCGCUGAGGAUGAGAAGUUGCCUUUACCUGCGGUUUCGAUCCCUAUGCAGACGACCUGA